UACAGGAGAUGACCAGUAACUGUGGACAUACUACAGGAGAUGACCAGAGACUGCGGACACGGUACAGGAGAUGGUCAGAAACUGCAGACAUAGUACAGGAGAUGACCAGAGACUGCGGACACAGUUCAGGAGAUGGUCAGAGACUGCGGAAACAGUACAGGAGAUGACCAGAGACUGCAGAUACAGUACAGGAGAUGACCAGAGACUGCAGAUACAGUACAGGAAAUGACCAGAGACUGCAGAUACAGUACAGGAGAUGACCAGAGACUGCAGACACAGUACAGAUGACCAGAGACUGCGGACACAGUACAG